CUCCUUCUCCGCACGACCCCGGAUCAACCGAUCAACCGCGGCUGAUUGAUCCCUUGCAUAUAUAAUUGGAGACUCUCUUCUUUUUCAGUUCGUUGCUGGUCCAUACUCGUUCUAUUCCUGUUGACACUGACUUUUGGGUGCUUAAUCGUACAAACAUCAUACACCUGCCGUGGCAACUCAUCUCACAAUGACCAAACCCCUCUCCCCCGGUUCUCGACUCCAUGGAAAAGUCGCCAUCGUGACGGGCGGCGGAUCCGGCUUCGGCGCCGCCAUCGCGCGCCGCUUCGGUGAAGAAGGCGCCAGCGUCAUCAUCGCCGACAUCAACGCCGACGGAGGCCAGAAGGUCGCCGCGCAGGACCCAGACCAUCUGCUCUUCCAGGCGACGGACGUGACGAGCGCCGAGGAUUGGAAGGCCGUCGUGGACACGGCGUUUGAGAAGUUCGGCAGGCUCGAUGUCCUGGUGAAUAAUGCGGGCACGACGUAUCGGAAUAAGCCCACGGCGGAAGUGACUGAGGCGGAAUGGGAGCGCGUCUUCAACGUCAACGUCAAAAGCAUCUUCCUGGGCACGAACGCCUUCAUGCCGAGGUUGAUGGAGCAGGGUCAGGGCGGGUCCAUGAUCAAUGUGUCGUCGACGGGCGCGUCGAGGCCCAGACCCGGGUUGGUGUGGUAUAACGCGUCCAAGGGCGCGGUGUCGAAUGCAACGAAAGGUCUGGCGGCCGAAUAUGGUCCCCAUAAUAUUCGCGUCAACACCGUCUCGCCGCUUCUGUCGGGAACGGCCCUCUUUUCCAUGUUCACCGGCAUGCCGGAUACCCCUGAGAACAGGGACAAGUUUAUUGGGAACGUGCCGCUGGGCAGGCUGACGGAUCCAGACGAUGUCGCCAACAUGUGUCUGUACCUGGCGAGCGACGAGGGGAGCUUUGUGAAUGGGACGGAGAUGAUCGUGGAUGGGGGCAAGUGUAUUUAGUCGGAUGGGUUUGUUGGUUGCAAUUUUGUAUGUAAGGGUAUGAUUAUCGAUGGUUUGCUUUUAGGGCACUGCGUUGCAGUCUGUGAGAGCUGCGCCCGUAGGAAUCACUCGCAAUUAAAUCUCG